GUCAGAACAUAGCGAGCUUUUUUCGGAAAAGAAAAAGCUAUAUAGCCAAUGCAUACCAUCACGACCAGCGUGGAGAUUGCAGCCGCUCCCGAGGUAGUGCGGGACAAGUUCCUGGAUUUCGCAGCUUUGCCCACCUAUUCUCCGUCCGGCUUUAUACAGCACAUCAUCCCGGUCAAUGACAAGCUUCCCGGGCACCUUCAAGCUGGGGACCAAUUGAAAUGUACUGUCAACUACGGCAAGUCGCAAUUCACCCCCACCGUUCGAGCCAAUAGCCCAGACCUCUUCAGCUGGGUGGGCUCGAUCCCCGGAAUUUUUACAGGCGAGCAUCGCUUCAGCUUUGAAUGCGCUCCGACAGACCAGCCUGGCCAAGCGAGCCGAACACGUCUCGUUCACGAAGAGCGAUUCACCGGACUGCUCAGCUUUCUCAUGGGUCAGGGCAUGCUGGCCAACGCUGCGGGGUGGAGAGAUAAUACCCGCCAAGGGUUUGAAUCAUUCAAUCGGGAUUUCAAAGCUUGGGUGGAGACCUCCACGAGAUAACUCAUGGUAAUAGGGCUGGGACAUGAACAGGGACAGAAGGAGCGUUGUGUAGCGGCAUACUCAACUUGAUAAUAGUAAUAUGCUUAUCAAACAU